ACACCAGCAACGUGCCAUUGGUUGGCUGCGUUGCAUGCCGGGACAGAGUUUUGUUGCCAGGUAACCGAAACCUCCGCUCUCUGUUAGCAAGCGUUAUAGUGCAAAAUUGGUCUUUAUAUAAAGCUAGGUAGUUUGCAACAUAAACUAUAUGAAAACCAGUCUGAAGCUGAAUGUUCGUGACGCCGUUGAGGAUAAACGGCCAUGGCCUCGGCAUCUCGUGAGACCUCCCUGCCAAAUCUCCCUGGCCAAAGCAGGGACAGUGAAUGCAGAGAGCGGCUGUCCAAACUCCCUGAACUGCAGAGUUCCACUGUCCUACCAAGGCUUCCAACAAAUGUCAUAGACCCAGAGGCUGUGUUGAAGAGACGUGUAAAACGAAAACACCCCAGUGAAGAACACUUAAAAGCACGGGAGCAGAUGUUUUCUCCAGGCUGGUACACUCCGUUACCUUCUCCUCAACAAAAAGAGCAACCGCACAGGCACCACAAAAGAUUGCCUGUCCAUCUGCCUCCUCUGGAAUCUACUACAAAGUUAUCCCAGAAAGUGUCUACCCCUAGCCUUCCCAGAUGGCCUUGCUCCCUAAAGAAUAUCAAGCUGAAUGAAUUCUAUGAAUACGAUAAGGAUAGUUAUUUGUUCAUCGACAAUGAAUAUGUGAUAUCAGUGCAAGAGGGCGAGUAUGACAUGGUCACCCAUGACCGCUGGGAAGAGGAGUACAACAUUUACUGCAAGGUUAUGCGCAUCCCUUUUUUUGCCCUCUACAAAAAGUGGAAACCCUUCUAUGUCUGGCGCACCAAAAUUCGCGCCUGGAAGAUUAGAUUGGCCAAGGAGUCCAUAAAAAACAGUUCAUGUUUUGUCAGUCCGUCUCUAAGUCCUGCACUGAUGGAUAUCAGGAAAAUGUGCUGCCAGAUCAAUGACAUGUCCUUGUGUCUCAUGGAGAAAGAGCACACGUACACACUGCAGGAAUUCCAGAGCACCCAGUUUGGACAAAUGCAAGAGGUAUUGAAUAACCUGGGGCGGUUUCAAGACCUGGUUAAAGAGGUGACAAUUUGUGCCUGUCGCCAUUACUUGGAAAGUGGAGACAUGGACUCACUGAUUGUGAACCCCAUGACUGUUCUCGAAUGUACAAAUAUCAGAGAGCGUAAAAGUCGCCUCUUCUGCUUCAUUCGUCUUGUUGACUAUUUGGUUGUCAGCUCCUUGCACAGCUUGGUGGUAAAUGCAGUGGAUAAACUGCUCGCUGUAUUUGAAGAGCAUAUAGGUCAAACGCCCAGUCAUGCCAUUAUUCAAAGCUGGAGCCACCACUCUGAAGAUGCCAGUGAUCCUGUUGAAAAGGAGAUGGACAAGAAGUCUGCUGAGUCAAAAGCUCCUCGUGUCCAUCCCGUAUUCAUGUCUGAGUUGAUGCUGGACACAAAUUCUUUGACCUAUAAACCCUCUGAGGAAGACUUUCAGGAAACUGUUGCAGAGAUUAUCAGGAGAUUUGAGAGCAUCGUGAUGUCAGUUCAGACACUUACGGCAGAUCCUGCUUUUGAUUCUGUGACAAAGUCUGAAUUGAUUGAAGAUCCAUUGGAAAAUAAAUAUGAAAAUGGCCCCUCCAUGGAAUUCAUCUUUGAGAAUGAUGGCCACCUUCAAAGUAUCAUUCAAAACAUCAAGGAAUCCCUCCACUUUGCUUUUGAUGCAGCGAAAGUUUACUCACACACGUUUGAGCGUUUUCGAAUAUCUUAUAAGGAGAAUGAGAGUCUGGAUCUGGAUGCAAUGCAGAAACAGGAUCAUGAUGUGUCCUUCUUUGAAAAGUCACUGGAGUUACAUCACAGAGUGCAUAAGGAGGCCUUUAGUAUCCAACAGAAGAGAAAUCUUGGCUUAGUGCUUGUGGACAAAGCACAGCUGAAAGACAAGCUUGUGUCUUCUUCUUCCUGUUGUCUGGAGGUCAUCAAGGACACGCUCACCCUGCAAGCUAAAAGGCAGCUAGAUGCCAUGAUUGCUGCGAUUUAUGAAGCCCAGGUAAAACUAGAGUUCUGUCCCUCUAGUACAGAUGAUUUGGCCACCUCUCUCACAUUCCUGGAUGAGAUUCAGGAGAGGAUCUUGGUACUAGAAGAGGAGCACGAAACAGUAUAUAAGAUGUACAAUCUUAUCACCUUGUACUCGAUUGCCACGCCAGCUAACGAUCUUGCGGGGUUUUCCACAUUGCAAACAUCCAUUAAAUCAUUGCACGUCAGUAUUGAUGAGGCAUUGGGAAAGAGGGACUCCACCAUGGACAAGUUUUGCAGUUCUAUGGUCAUGGACAUAAAAAAACUUCAAGAUGAAGUCAUGAAAAUCGAGCAUAAGUCACAGGCUCCACAAAUCUUAGACAUCCAUGCAGAUUCCUCUGAAGUGCGUCUGAUGCUGGAGGAAAUUCAGAUUUCCAUAGAUGAACUGCAGGCCCAGGCGUCCACAUACACUUCCUACCAGAAAAAGUUCAAGUUGGAAAUGACAAAGUUUGACACCUUGGAGAAGUUAACUGCAGAUUUCAGGCUAAAACAGCUGCUGUGGGACUCUGUGGAGGAAUGGGACUCCUUACAGAAUGGAUGGCAGCAGAGCACACUUAUGCAACUGGACAUGGAGCAGUUUAGCUCGCAGAUCAACAAAUAUGGCAAGUUAGUCAAUCAGCUGGAGAAGGGCCUGCCACCUAACAGUCUCGUGCCAAACCUGAAGGAUAAGGUGGACGUCAUGAAGCAAAGGCUGCCCGUGGUCACAGAUCUCCGUAACCCAUGUAUGAAACCAGAACAUUGGACGACCCUGGAAUCUGUUGCGGGGACCUCAUUGAUUGUGGAGGAACUUACUGUGGCUGCUUUGGAGGAGCUCAAUGUCUUCUUGUAUGGCACAGAAAUACAGGAGGUUUCAGGACAGGCUUCAGGAGAGGCAUCAGUGGAGAUCAUUAUUUCAAAGGUGGAGGAUGUGUGGAGGACCACAGAGUUCACUGUGCUGUCUCAUGGUGCCUCCAAAGAAGCCUUCAUCUUGGGAGGAACAGAUGAUAUCCAGGUGCUCCUGGAUGACAGCAUUAUCAAUGUGGGCACGGUGGCAUCUUCAUGCUAUGUAGCUCCUAUUAAGCUCAGGGUGGACAAAUUGCUGAAUCAGCUGAACCUCUUUAACCAAACACUGGAGGAGUGGCUUACAUGCCAAAGGAACUGGCUGUACCUAGAGAGUAUCUUCUUGGCCCCAGACAUCAAGAGGCAGCUGCCUGCUGAGUCCAAGAUGUUUGUUAAAGUGGACAAGUCCUGGAAAGAUAUCAUGACAAAGGUCAUUAAGAUGCCCAAUGCCCUUAAAGCAGCCACACAGCCUGAUCUAUUAGUGACUUUUCAAAACAACAACGCUCUUUUGGAUGAGAUACAGAAGUGUCUGGAAGCUUACCUGGAAUCCAAGAGAGUCAUCUUUCCUCGAUUUUACUUCUUAUCCAAUGACGAGCUGCUAAAAAUCUUGGCUCAGACACGAAACCCUCAGGCAGUGCAGCCCCACCUCAGGAAGUGUUUUGAUGCUAUUACAAGACUGGAGUUUGCUUUGCUGCCUGCACAAUCUCCUGGUGCCACAGGGAUGGUGUAUGCUGGAGAACAGGAGACCAUAUACAGCAAAGACAUCCUGAAUAUGGUCUCCCCUGAGGGAGAGAAGGUACGUUUGACUAAAGGCCUGAAAGCACAAGGCAAUGUGGAAGAUUGGCUUUGUAAGGUGGAGGAGGCUAUGUUCUCCUCACUGCGAUCCCUCAGCAAGGCCGCCAUAGCAGACUACCAGGUCAAGUCAAGGGAGGAAUGGGUGGUGGCUGGACAUCCAUCACAGGUAGUGCUGACCAUCUCUCAGAUGAUGUGGUGCAGGGACAUGGAUGCCUGUCUGGAGGGGGACCAUGACCACUUUGCUGCCUUGCAAGAAUUUGAACUCACUAACUUUGAUAGGCUGAAUGCCUUGGCCGCGUGCGUACGUGGACAGCUCACUGCUUUACAUCGUAAUAUCAUCACUGCCCUCAUCACCAUUGACGUCCAUGCCAGAGACAUUGUUACAGAUCUAGUCCGGCAAAAGGUGGACAACAAGUCCAACUUUGAAUGGCAGAGACAGCUGCGCUACUACUGGGAUGUGGACCUGGACAACUGUGUAGCCACAAUGGCUCUCUCCACUUACAUUUAUGGCUAUGAAUACCUGGGAGCCUGUCCUAGGCUGGUUAUCACACCACUCACGGAUCGUUGCUACUUGUGUCUGAUGGGAGCUCUUCAGCUGGACUUGGGAGGUGCUCCAGCUGGGCCAGCAGGGACGGGCAAAACUGAGACCACCAAGGAUUUGGCAAAGGCCUUGGCCAUCCAGUGUGUAGUCUUCAACUGCUCAGAUGGACUUGACUACAAGAUGAUGGGGCGAUUCUUCAGUGGUCUUGCUCAGUCAGGAGCUUGGUGUUGUUUUGAUGAAUUUAACCGAAUCGACAUUGAAGUGUUGUCUGUCAUCGCUCAGCAGCUCAUCACUAUACGAAAUGCUAAAGCUGCUAAGCUAUCAAGAUUUCGAUUUGAAGGUCGUGAGAUCAAGCUGGUGAUGACAUGUGCUGCUUUCAUCACCAUGAACCCAGGCUAUGCUGGAAGAACAGAACUACCUGACAACCUUAAAGCUCUGUUUAGACCAAUAGCCAUGAUGGUGCCAAACUAUGCGCUCAUUGCAGAGGUUAUUUUAUACUCAGAGGGAUUCGAGUCCAGUAAGACUCUUGCAAGGAAAAUGACCCAGAUGUACAAGCUGUGCUCAGAGCAGCUGUCCCAGCAGGACCACUAUGACUUUGGAAUGAGAGCGGUCAAGUCUGUCCUGGUCAUGGCAGGGUCACUAAAGAGGGAUAACCCCCACCACAGUGAGGAUGUGGUUCUUAUCAGAGCGCUGCGGGAUUCCAACCUGCCAAAGUUUCUCAGUGAUGAUGCUGUACUAUUUGGAGGUAUCCUAUCAGAUCUGUUCCCUGGUGUGUGUAUCCCUGAGCAUGACUAUGGUGUGCUACACUCCACCAUCCUGGAGUCUCUAACUAAGAGAAACCUUCAGCCACUGGCUACCAUGACCAAGAAGGUGAUCCAACUUUAUGAGACCAUGCUAGUGCGCCACGGUGUCAUGUUGGUAGGGCCCACUGGUGGAGGUAAGACCACUCUCUACACCAUCCUGGCAGACGCUCUGGAGACGCUCCAUCGCACAGAGCACCAGACUGACAACACCUUCUAUCAGCCUGUCAAGACCUAUGUGCUCAAUCCAAAAUCUGUCUCAAUGGGGGAGCUCUACGGAGAGAUUAACACAUUGACACUGGAAUGGCGUGAUGGACUGAUGGCACUGAGUGUCCGUGAUGCAGUCAGUGACACCAGUGAUAAGCACAAAUGGGUAAUCUGUGAUGGACCAGUUGAUGCCCUGUGGAUUGAGAACAUGAACACCGUGCUGGAUGACAACAAGAUGCUCUGCUUGGCCAACAGCGAGCGAAUCAAACUUACUCCUUCCAUACAUAUGGUGUUUGAGGUCCAGGACUUGGCUGUUGCAUCUCCCGCUACAGUCAGUCGCUGUGGUAUGGUAUAUGUUGAUCCUGAUGAGCUCAAAUGGAUGCCCUAUGUGCAGACAUGGAUCAGCCAUCUCGAAGCCAAGCUUCCAGACCCAGUGCGCAUAUAUCUGCUGGAGCUGUUUGAAGAGUAUGUGGAGAAAGGUCUACAGUUUGUGCAGAAGCAUUGCACCCAGGCAAUUCGCCAGGUGGACAUCAGCAAAGUCACUACUCUGUGCUCCCUGCUAGAGGCACUGUUGCUGGGCAGAGGAGGUCCAGACCUUACCAUGCAGGAUUCCAAGCACCUUAAUGGUUUACUAUGUCAGACCUUCAUAUUUUGCUACCUAUGGGCAGUAGGCGGAAACCUUACCAGUUCCCACUGGGAUGCUUUUGACAGCUUCCUUAGAGAACAGUUUAAAGACAACAUCAAUGCUGAGCUCCCAGAUUCUGGUGCCCUGUGGAGUGUAUACGUGGACUUUAAACACAAGCGUUUGGAACCAUGGGAAGAGAUAAUUCCUUCAUUUAAAUACAAUCAAGAUCAACCCUUUUUUGAGAUGCUGGUCCCUACCACAGACACUGUUCGCUAUGGCUACCUGAUGAAGAAUCUACUAUCUGUGCGGCGUUCUGUACUCUUCACUGGGGAAACUGGAGUGGGGAAGUCUGUGGUGGCUCGGAGCCUUCUCAACAGUAUUCAGGAAAAUGAGGGAUACCUUCCAGUCUACAUCAACUUCUCUGCUCAAACCUCCUCAGCCCGCACACAGGAGAUCAUUGAGUCCAAGCUGGAGAAAAAGAGAAAGAACAUUCUGGGUGCUCCUGGUAACAAGAAGUUAGUGGUCUUUGUGGAUGACCUGAAUAUGCCAAAGCUGGACAGUUAUGGCUCUCAGCCUCCUAUUGAACUCCUGCGUCAGUUCCAGGACUUUUCUGGCUUCUAUGACAGAAGCAAGUUUUUGUGGAAAGAGAUCCAGGAAAUGACCAUUGCAGCAGCAUGUGCUCCUCCAGGAGGGGGACGCAACCCUGUGACGCCCCGAUUCAUUCGCCACUUCAGCAUGCUGUGCCUGCCAACGCCCUCAGAACACAGCCUCAAACAGAUCUUCAAAGCCAUCUUACACGGUUUCCUCAGUGAGUUUUCCCAGGCAGUAAAGGACUGUGCCGAACAGAUUGUAGAUGCAGCUGUGGGGAUUUACAACCGUUUGAGUGUGGACCUGCUGCCCACACCAGCUAAGUCCCACUAUGUCUUCAAUCUCCGAGAUCUCUCCAAGUGUGUCCAGGGUAUACUGCAGUGUGAGCCAAGUCAAGUCAGAGACAAGACCCAGAUCUUCCGUCUAUUUUGCCAUGAAUGUCAGCGGGUAUUCCAUGAUCGACUUAUUAACAGCCAAGAUAAGACGUAUUUCAACACCAUCGUCUGUGAGAUGGCCAGCAGACAUUUUGAUAUUAACUUGGAACCCUCAUACUUUGUGAAUCAACCCAUCAUAUUUGGUGACUUCAUCAAGGUGGGUGCAGAGAAAGACGAUCGUGUGUAUGAGGAUCUGACAGACAUGAAUAAGAUCCAGAGUGUCCUGCAGGACUAUCUCGAUGAUUACAACAUAACCUUCUCCAAGGAGACUAAGCUGGUUUUCUUCCAGGAUGCCAUUGAGCACGUCUCCAGGAUUGUCCGCAUGAUUCGCCAGGAAAGAGGCAAUGCCCUUCUAGUCGGGGUGGGAGGUACAGGCAAGCAGUCACUCACUCGGUUGGCAGCCCACAUGUGCGGAUACCGCUGUUUUGAGAUUGAGCUGACCAGAGGCUACAACUAUGACAGCUUCCAUGAAGACCUGAGGAGGCUCUACAAGAUGGCUGGAGUGGAGGGAAAAGAUAUGGUGUUCCUCUUUACAGACACUCAGAUUGUGGUGGAGGAGUUUUUGGAGGAUAUCAACAACAUGCUAAACUCUGGCGAGGUACCAAACCUUUUUGAGAAAGAUGAGCUGGAACAAGUGUUGGCUGCUACCCGCCCAAAAGCCAAAGAAGCUGGAAUCAAUGAGGAGAACAGGGAUGAGGUGUUUCAGUAUUUCAUUUCUCGUGUACGAGAGAAGUUGCACAUUGUGCUGUGUAUGAGCCCUGUGGGAGAUGCCUUCAGGUCCCGCUGUCGCAUGUUUCCUUCACUGGUCAACUGCUGCACCAUCGACUGGUUUGUGCAGUGGCCUCGGGAGGCAUUGCUUUCCGUCUCUCAGGCCUUUUUCCAGAAUGUAGACCUUGGCAGUGAGGAGCUGAAGCAGAGCUUCUCAGCCAUGUGUGUGGAGAUACAUGUUAGUGUUACUGACAUGGCUGAGCGCUUCUACUUAGAGCUGAGACGGCGGUACUACACCACACCUACCUCCUAUCUGGAGCUCAUCAAUCUCUACCUGAGCAUGCUUGACAACAAGAGACAGGAAUUAGUUAUGGCCAGGGACCGUGUCAAGAAUGGCCUUACUAAACUGCUGGAGACCAAUGUGCUUGUGGACAAAAUGAAAGUGGACCUGUCUGCUCUGGAGCCAGUUCUGAAACAAAAAUCUAUUGAUGUCGAUGCCCUUAUGGAGAAACUGGCUGUAGAUCAGGAGACGGCUGACGAGGUGCGUAAAGUAGUGCAGGAAGAUGAGGCUUUGGCCAAGGUCAAGGCUGAAGACACUCAAGCCAUUGCAGAUGAUGCCCAGAGGGACUUGGAUGAAGCUCUACCAGCUCUGGAGGGUGCCAAUCAGGCCCUUAAUUCCCUUGAUAAAGGUGACAUUGCUGAGAUCAAGGUGUUCACCAAACCCCCAGACCUAGUCAUGACCGUCAUGGAGGCUGUCUGCAUCCUGCUCCACUGCAAACCAGACUGGCCCAGUGCCAAACAAUUACUGGGAGAUGCCAAUUUCCUCAGGCGUCUGACAGAAUAUGACAAGGACAAUAUCAAACCUCAGAUCCUGCUGAAACUUCAAAAAUAUGUCAACAAUCCUGAUUUCAUACCUGAGAAGGUUGAAAAGGUAUCCAAGGCCUGCAGGUCAAUGUGCAUGUGGGUCAGAGCUAUGGAUCUUUACUCCAGAGUCCUCAAAGAAGUUGGUCCCAAGAGAGAAAAACUGGCCAAGGCACAGGAGGAGCUGGAUAUGACGAUGGCCACUCUGAGGGAGAAGCAGGAAAAGCUUCAGGAAGUGGAUAACCAGAUCAAGAUACUACAGGAGCAGUUUGAAAGGAGUGAAAAGGAAAAGGAAGAGUUGGUUAAUACAAUGGCUGUGACACAGACUCGGCUGACCAGGGCAGGGAAACUAACUUCUGCUCUAGGUGAUGAGCAAGUACGCUGGGAAGAAAGUGUCGCCCUGUUUGAGCAAGAGAUCAUCAGUGUCGUAGGGAAUGUCUUCAUUGCAGCUGCUUGUGUGGCCUACUAUGGAGCGUUUACUUCCCACUAUAGACAGCUGUUAAUUGAUCAGUGGAUAAUACAGUGCCAGGAUCUGAACAUUCCCAUCAGUUCCAGCUUCAGCCUGCUCAACAUUUUGGGUGAUCCGUAUGUCAUCCGCCAGUGGAACACAGAAGGGUUGCCUCGUGACACUGUUUCGACAGAGAAUGGGAUCCUGGUGACUGAGGGCCGCCGCUGGCCUCUUAUGAUCGACCCACAGGAUCAGGCCAACCGGUGGAUCCGCUCCAAAGAGGCCAAGCAUGGUUUAAAGGUGAUCAAGCUGACAGACCCAAGCUUCCUCCGUACACUAGAAAAUGCCAUACGCAUGGGCAUGCCUGUACUGCUAGAGGAGUUGAAUGAGACCCUAGAUCCAGCGUUGGAGCCCAUCUUGCUGAAGCAGACAUUUGUAGCUGGUGGGCGAACAUUGAUCCGACUUGGAGACUCUGAUAUUGACUAUGAUAAAAACUUCCGGUUCUAUAUGACCACAAAGAUGGCCAACCCACAUUACCUGCCGGAGGUAUGCAUCAAAGUUACAAUUAUCAAUUUCACUGUGACUAAGUCAGGCUUGGAAGACCAAUUGCUAAGUGAUGUGGUUCGUCUUGAGAGUCCACAUCUUGAGGAACAGAGGAACGAAUUGAUUGUAUGCAUCAAUGCUGACCGCAACCAGCUCAAAGAAAUCGAAGACCGCAUCCUUAAGCUUCUCUUCACCUCUAAGGGAAAUAUACUUGACAAUGAGGAGCUAGUUCAGACUCUCCAGGAGUCAAAGGUGACAUCAGAGGCCAUAAAGUAUCGUUUGGAGGAGGCAGAGACCACUGAGCUGAUGAUCAACUCUGCAAGGGAGCGCUACAGACCUGUGGCCACCAGAGGAUCGGUCCUGUACUUUGUCAUUGCAAGUCUCUCUGAGAUUGAUCCUAUGUACCAGUUCUCCCUCAAGUAUUUUAAACAGCUCUUUAAUGUGACCAUUGAGACAUCUGAGCAGAGCAGUGUGUUAGAAGAGCGUCUCCAGAUCCUGCUGGACCAAAUCUUGCUUAACUCGUAUAUCAAUGUCUCACGUGGCCUCUUUGAGCAGCACAAACUUAUCUACAGCUUUAUGUUAUGUGUUGAGAUCAUGAGGCAGCGUGGUGAAAUUUCUGAUGUGGAGUGGCAGCACUUCCUAAGAGGAGGUUCCUCCUUGGAAAAGGACUAUGCAGAGCGGCCAGAUGUGCCAUGGCUAAGUGAUUUUUAUUGGCAGACAUGUUGUGAGCUGGAGGACAGACUGCCCUCCUUCAAGGACAUUGCCAAAGAAAUCACCAGAACUCAUAUCCAUAUCAAGCUAGGACGUUUUCAAGCAUCUAUUAAUCCAGAGUCCUGGGAAGGCUAUGUGUCAGAAUUGCCACCUCUCGGGGAGUCCAAAGAAGAGAAACAGGAGAUAAAGGGCUACUGGAAUGAGAGGUUGGGGGCCUUUCAGAAGCUAGUUCUUAUCCAGAGCUUCAUGGAAGAGAAGGUGGUCUUUGCAGCAACAGAGUUUGUGAUUGUCACUCUAGGAAAGCAGUUUGUGGAAAACCCUCCAGUUGACCUGGCUAAUCUCUACAAUGACAUGUCCCCCUCCACCCCACUGAUCUUCAUACUGAGUACAGGAUCCGACCCCAUGGGUGCCUUCCAGCGCUUUGCAAAUGAGAGAGGGUGUCUUGACAGGGUUGAGUCCAUCUCAUUAGGUCAAGGCCAGGGACCUAUAGCAGAGAAGAUGAUCCAUGCAGCAUUAAAGAGUGGCAACUGGGUAUUCCUGCAGAACUGCCACCUGGCUGUGUCCUGGAUGUUAGCCAUGGAGGAGCUCAUCAAGACCUUCACUGAGCCUGAUACAUCAAUCCACGAGAACUUCCGUUUGUUUCUCAGUUCCAUGCCUACCAGAGUAUUUCCAGUUACAGUGCUCCAGAACUCUGUCAAGGUGACUAAUGAACCUCCUAAAGGCCUGCGAGCCAACAUGCGACGAGCCUUUACAGAGAUCACCAGCAAUUUCUUUGAAGAUCACGUUCUGGGACACGAGUGGAGGAAGAUUGUCUUUGGAAUAUGCUUCUUCCAUGCAGUAAUCCAGGAGCGGAAGAAGUUUGGUCCACUGGGCUGGAACAUCCGCUAUGAGUUUAAUGACAGUGACAGAGAGUGUGCUCUGCUCAACCUCAAUCUCUACUGCAAAGAUGGCACCAUUCCUUGGGAUGCCCUCAUUUAUAUCACUGGUGAGAUCACAUAUGGAGGUAGAGUGACGGAUGCCUGGGACCAGCGCUGCCUCAGGACAAUUCUCAAAGGCUUCUUUUCUCCUGAAACGCUGCAAACUGGCUAUACCUACUCCUCCUCAGGUAUUUACUAUGCCCCUGAGACAGAUGAACUGGAGCAAUAUAAGAAGUACAUUGAAAGUCUACCAAUCAUAGAUGAUCCUGAAGUCUUUGGCAUGCAUGAGAAUGCCAACCUGGCUUUCCAGCGCCAAGAAACCAUAACUCUGAUCAACACCAUACUGGAUGUUAAUCCUCGUUCUUCGGCGCGACAUGGAGCCAAAAGUAACGAUGACAUAGUCUGCGAGCUUGCUGAAUCUAUACUAGCUAAGCUACCUGAGCGACUGGACAUGGAUGAGGCAGUGGAAACACUGUUUGUCAAAGACAAGAAUGGCUGCCUGAACUCCCUCACCACUGUUUUGGGCCAGGAAGCAGACCGAUUCAACAACCUGCUGAGAGUUCUCAAGCUGUCUCUUAUCACCCUGCAGAAGGCAAUAGCAGGUCUGGUUGUGAUGUCAGAGGAAAUGGACAGGAUCUACACUAGCUUCCUGAACAACCAGGUUCCCACCCGCUGGGCAAACUCUGCUUACCCCUCCCUCAAACCCCUGGCUUCCUGGGUCAGAGACCUGACCCUCAGAACGUCCUUCAUCGAGACUUGGAUCACACGUGGUCAGCCCAAAUCUUUUUGGAUCUCAGGAUUCUUCUUCCCUCAAGGCUUUCUUACCGGGGUGCUGCAGAAUCAUGCCCGGCAUUACAAUUUGCCCAUUGAUGAACUAAACUUCCGCUUCAAAAUGGUGCCAGCAUACAGGGAUGAGGUAGCAGUCUGUGAGGCUCUACGCACUCUUUCUAUCACUGAAAAGCUGGAAAUGGAUGAUGAGUUACCAGAGCCAAAGGAUGGCGUUCUUGUGCACGGCAUGUAUAUGGAUGCUAGUCGCUGGGACGAUGUCAACAUGGUGAUUGAUGAUGCAUUACCUCGAGUGAUGAACGCCAUGCUGCCAGUCGUGCACUUCGAGCCACAGCAGAAUUAUGUACCUGAGCCUGACCUCUACCACGCUCCUCUAUAUAAGACCUCAGCAAGAGCCGGGACUUUGUCCACCACUGGUCACUCAACUAAUUUUGUUGUGACAGUAAUGCUUCCCUCCAAGAGACCCAGCGACUAUUGGAUAUCAAAAGCCUCUGCGCUCCUGUGCCAAUUGGAUGAUUGAGUUUUUAUUAAACAUAUAAGUCUAUGCACAACCUAAACUUAACUUUGUAUCUUCAGUGGGCUUAUUUGUAAACAUUUCCCAAACAUGAUUUAUACUGACAGUGCACUUUCUUCACAAUAAACAUUUCUGAGCUAGCCCUAA